AUGCCAUAUAGAUUUGUAGCUGGACUCAUCUGUACUGACCAGGACAAAGAACCAAGUGGAUCGCCUGAUGGUUGUUCUACAGUAGCCAUCCUGUCUGGGGACGAUUCCAAUCCAAAGUUUAAACUCAAUGCAGCAUUAAAUGAAAUUCAGACAACUACCAACGUCAUCGAUUACGACACUGGUGACAUCACCUACACACUUAUUGUGAUUGGUGUUGACAGCUCGACACGUGAUCCCCCUGGAAACACAGACAACACAUUUCUAAUAAGUCGGACAACAGGAAAGAUUUACUUGAGAAGACCAGUCGAUUACGAGUCUGCCAGUGCAAUAACCUUCUCAUUUACAAUAGAAGCGACAGAUGGCGGUGGUCGCUCCACAACUGCUGUUGUUGACGUCAUAAUCACUGACGUCAACGACAAUAUACCUAUAUGUUCCUCUCGGGAGUACAACGUCAGUGUCAGCGAAGAUGUGACGAUCGGGACUACGGUAUGUUAUGAAGAUAGAUGA